UUUAUACUUCUACCCACAUCCUAUACUGCACUGGCUGGAGCAGUAUAAAAUCAGCUCUUAUUCCCUCAUACUACUAUACAGACAAGGAGUUAGUUUCUCAAGAAGCAAGAUAAAGUGAUGCUUGUUGGGUUACUCACCACGCUAGCCUUGUUAGGUACUGUACCUCGAGUGUUUGUUGAAUGUCAGUUGGAGUGUUUUAGCGAGUGCGGCACUGCUGCCUUCACUCUGGGUAUCAACACUGACAUCAGUGACUGCUGUAACAACGGGGGCGGAGCUUUUAUUGACCUGCAGAACGAGCAAGUAGGCUGCCAGACAUGCAUCGACGUAGGGACUCUGGGACCUUCCGUGCAAACUUCCGUCGUCGUUACAGGUAGUGAUGCUUCACUGACAUGCACUGCGAACAGUAUCACGAGUCCCACUAACUUCAACGCAAACCUGCAAUGGGUCGGACCUGAUGGGUCAGUCCUCAGGCAGAUGGAUGCAGUCACUUCUCUCGUUUUGGAGCUAACACCUGUUACUGACUUUGGUGAUUAUGUAUGUGUAGCCACUCUGACCUCACCUAUGUUUCCUGGAAUCACUUCCACAGUGUCGGCUGUUGCCUCCGUCAAUGCUGGCGAAGAGACCAGGGAGACCAUCCAGGAACCUAUGACACCACCCACGGCUGGUUCCCCCUACUCUCUCACCUGCACUAUUAAUGUGGCCGGGGCAGACAUUGAGUGGACAGGACCCGACGGAAAUCCUCUUGUUUCUACUACACGUAUUGAUGUGGGGGCAUCUCAAACUUCCGGCCAGACCACCAACAGUACUGUGACCUUUAACCCCGUUAUUACGGGCGACACGGGUCGUUACACGUGUAGAGACGCCAAUGGACAAAGUUCAACCACCGUCAUAGUCGACAUCCCAUUGCCACCCAUCACCAUCUCUGGAGUGGACAUGCCACCUGUCAUUGGCGAGGACUACAAUCCUGUGUGUGAGGCGUCAGUGCCGGAGGGUCUCACGGGAAGCGUCACUGUGACCUGGUUUAACAUGAAUGGAAUGGCCGUUGCCACUACAACUUCGGAUACUACAGCCUCUGCAACUUUGCCUCUAAUUGGAUUUUCAGGAUCUGAUUUUGGCACUUACAGGUGUAUGGUCACGGUUGAAUCCACCUCUCUGGCAACACCCAUUGGCUCUACCACUACUCUGGAGAUCAGCCAAGAUAGUGUCAUUGUAUCUCCCCCUGAUCGUAUGGCCACCCUACCCCCUCCAACUCUACCCAUUGAAGGAACUGAUGGCACUGAUGCCCCUGCAACUGACCCAAUAACGACUAAUCCUCCAACAAACCCUCCAAUAACGACUAAUCCUCCAACAAACCCCCCAAUAACGACUAAUCCUCCAACAAUUCCCCCAAUAACGACUAAUCCUCCAACGAACCCCCCAAUAACGACUAAUCCUCCAACAAACCCCCCAAUAACGACUAAUCCUCCAACGAACCCCCCAAUAACGACUAAUCCUCCAACGAACCCUCCAAUAACGACUAAUCCUCCAACGAACCCCCCAACUGACCCUCCAACAAACCCCCCAGUAACUACUCCUCCAACGAACCCCCCAACUGACCCUCCAACGAACCCCCCAACUGACCCCCCUGCAACUAAUCCCCCUGCGACUACAUCCCCUCCAGUAAUGACUGCUCCGCCCACUACUGCCCCGCCCCCUUGUCCUGGCGGCUGUCAUCCUGACGCCAGCUGUGUCAACAAUGUGUGCACAUGUAACAACAAUUUCCUUGGCAACGGUAUCGACUGCUGCAUUCUUGAGACAGAAGUGAUAGCAAUCGUGGACGCAGGGGUGGGAGCAGAUGCUACUAGAUCAGGUUCAAGACGACCUGGUCGUUCUGCCAAGCAUAGCAGGAGCUCCUCUUCUAGUAGCAGCUCUAGUAGCUCUAGUAGCUCUAGUAGCUCUAGUAGCUCUAGUAGCUCUAGUAGCUCUAGUAGCUCCUCCUCAUCCUCAUCCUCCUCCUCCUCCUCCGAUAUUGUCGAAGAGGAGUUACCCACAGUUGACCCGGCCUGUAUGGAAGUGUUGACCAACUUUUGUGAGCAAUGCCUAGAGAACGGUACCUGUGCUAGAAUCAGAUCUCGGAGAAGAGGGAAAUCCCGUCGUAAGAGUAAAAGUAGAAGCCACUCUCACUCUCGUUCAAAAACCUCAGACUCCUCCCACUCAGGCUCCCCACUCACAGGCUGUAGAGCCAUCCUCGGAUAAUUGGUCGGCCAGUUAGGACAAGGACUAUUCCUAAUAAACUGAUGAACCCAUAAACUCUAGAAAAAAUAGAGUAGAUAUUGAAUUAUAGUGCCAAAUUUUUGUAUGACCCUUUCAACUGUGUGCAUUGAUCAUUACUUCUCGGCAUGUCUGCCAAGUUUG